AUGAGUGAAACCGAAAUUCCACAAUUUUUUAUUUGUCCUAUUUCACUUCAAAUCAUGAAGGAACCAGUUACAACAAUCACAGGAAUAACAUACAACAGAGAAAGCAUCGAACACUGGUUACUCACAUCAAAAAACUGCACAUGUCCAAUUACCAAACAGCCCUUGCCAAGAAGCUCAGAGUUCUUAACACCAAACCACACUCUUCAGAGAUUAAUCCAAUCAUGGCACUCAACAAAUUCACCUUCCUCGAAAAUCGACAAGUCCGAAUUUGAAAAACUUGUUAAGAAUCUUGAUCAAGAGGCAAUAGAAAAACUACACGUUCUUGCUUUAGAAGACGAAGGAAACCGAACAUGCAUGGUUGAAGCAGGAGUUGCAAAAGCGAUUAUUCAAAAAGUGAUUAUAAAGAGCGUUUUCAAGCAAGGUAAAACAAUAUCUCUUGAAGAAGCUUUGAGAAUUCUUCGUUUACUUUGGCCUUUAGCCAUAACCAAUGACAAGAACAACAUAGUUGAUGACAAGUUUGACUUAGUCAACUCUUUGACUUUGAUUUUACAACUUCACAUUGAUAACAAAAACUUCAAGGUAAUAAACGAAGCAAUGCUUGUAUUGAAACUUGUUCUUGAGGCAAAAAGUUCAAACUCUUUGUUGAAUCUAAACGUUGAAUUCUUUAGAGAAAUAGUGAAACUACUUAGAAUCAGAAACAAAGAACUUUCUAAACAAGCUAUAAAAUCUGCAUUGCAUGUGUUAUUACAAACAUGUCCUUUAGGUAGAAACCGAAUGAAGAUCGUGGAAGCUGAAGCGGUGACGGAACUCAUUGAUCUUGCAUUUGAGAAACAAGAGAAGAAUCAAACUGAGCUGAUAUUUACGCUUCUUGCGGAUUUGUGUUCGUGUGCUGAUGGAAGAGAGCAGUUUGUGAGACAUGCAGGAGGGAUAGCAGUGGUUUCUAAGAGAACAUUGAGGGUUUCUUCAACAACUGAUGAUAGAGCUCUUCAGAUAUUUUGUUUGAUUUCUAAGUAUUGUGGGACACAUGAGUUUGUUCAAGAGAUGUUGAGGGUUGGUGGUGUUUCAAAACUUUGUAUGGUUAUGCAGGCAGAUUGUGCUUGUUAUUUGAAGGAAAAAGCUAGAGGUGUUCUUAGGUUGCAUUCAAAUGUAUGGAAUGGUUCUCCUUGUAUUCAAGUUUAUUUGUUCACUAGACACCAAAGGUGA